UCCUAGGUUCACCUUGCCGGUGCCGGAGGCUGCUUUCCCUGUGGUCCCGGCUCCUUUAUGAUCUCGGCUCCGGCCUCUGUGAUCUCGGUUGCCGAGCAGCGACAAGACGCGGCUCCGUGCCUCCCCCUCCCUUCCCCGGGACUCUCCCCACCCUGUGGGGGGGCUGCCUCUCAGUGAUGGCCCCCUCGGUCAGCCUGGCCCGGCCCGGGGCUCCCAUGGCUCAGACGGUGAUACCGUUCGUGAGGGGACCCGAGGACCGGCAUUUCUUCACCAGUUUCCGGGAGCAGGAUAACGCGGCGUUCGCCCGCUGGAGCCCGGACGCGGCGGCUCCCGAGGAGUUGUACCCGCUCGCCCCGCACCGACAUGAGGUGCAGCUGCUGGACUCCACGUCCGGCUUCAUCAGCCCCGGAGCCAGCGCCGACAGAGACAGCGGCACCAGCAGGAUCCCCAACCUGGCGUUUUACAGGGAGCCGGGCGGCGAGUGGCGAGCACACACCGCCAUCCCGGUCGCCGUGCAGGAGACAGGCGGGAGCCGCCUCUGGAACUCCAGAUCCGUGUCCGCCGCUGCUAUCCGAGCCAGAGUGGGAGGUUGGACAAGUCCAGUUCGGGUGACCCCAGCACCGCACUCAGUUCCCAGUUCUCUCAAAACUCAUAAUUUUAACUUCAAUGUGGAUUCUCCGGGUCAGCCUUCAUAUGAUGCAACAUCUGAAAUUACAAGAGAUGCAACAGCAAGAAAAUAUAUGUACUCAACCAGCAUCCAGAGGAGUUAUGAGGAGGUUAAUUGGGACUGUAAGUUGGGACCAAAAAUCAAACCAGAAGAUGCGAUACAGGACAAAAUAGCUGACCCUGUAUCACGACAUGCUACUUUAAAACGAUAUGAUUCAAGCCCUCAUAUGUGGCAGGCUGUAGGUGGACACGGACACUGGGACAAAAGUCAGUCUCGACCUUUCAGUGCUGCAGCUAAACCAAUCAACUUUACAAGCCUUUUCCCCAAAAUUCAUCAAAUUCCACUGUACAGUGGUUCUGUUGGUGGUACUAAUCUAGAGAAUAAAGAUAAUCCUUAUGCUGAAUUUACCCCCUUCACUGUACUACGAACUGAAAAGCCACGACAUACAGAUACAUCCUAUUGCCCAAAUAUACCUGGUUAUACAGGUAAAAGACAAUGGAAUGUCAAAGAAACUAAUAAGUCCAACAUUUCAAGGUUAUUUCAUCCACCUGCAGAACGUGUAUGUGGAAUUCCUCGUGGCACUGAAAAGCCAUUAAAAUAUAGGCACGAAUCCCCCUUUUCGAAGAUGAUGACGACAGUCUCACCCUUCAAUCCCUUUAACCCAAAAACAUCCAAAGCGAUCCGUUUAUAAAUAAAUAAAUAUAUAAUUAUGUUUCCUGCGAGAGCAGUGUGAGAAAUGUGAUUGCACAUGGCUUUUGCUGUUUUGAAAUCUAGAUUGUGGAAUUAAUAUUUUUAUAAACUGCCUUUUGUGUCCCAUCAAUUUUCUCCCAAUUUCUCCAGAGGGAAUUGACUGCUGCCAGGUUAUGGUCAGUGAAUAUUUAGCAAAUUGUUCAAUAAUUGAAGACCCACAGCUGUUUUAAACGCAUGUACCUUUAUGGCAAGGGCUAUUGAAUAGCAGAAGUUUUUUUUUCAAAUUUAGAGAAAUUAUCUUGUGAGAAAAACGUUUUAUCAACAACGCACAUGUUACUAAUGACCAAUCAAACGGGGGUUACUCACGGGGGUAGGCCAGCCUGCACUGCCGUUCAUUAAGGCAAUGGUUGAUCUAACUACUCCAAUCUCCGAACUAUCCCUGAUAACCUUUCACCCUGUUGCUGUUCAGGAAGUUAUCCACCUCUACCGUGAAAUGAGUCAAAAACUUUGCUUCCAACACUUUUUGAGGAGAGUUUCAAAGAUUGAUGACCCUCUUCAGUUUGUCUCAGUCUUAAGUGGUCAGCUCCUUGUUUUGAAACAGUGAUCCCUGAUUCUAGAUUCUAGUUGAAAUAUCCUUUCCAUAUCCACCUCGUCAAGGCACCUCUGGAACUAAUAUGUUUAAAUCAAUUAAUUACUUGCUUUUAUAAACUCCAAUAAAUGCAAGCCCAGUAUGUUGAACCUCUUCUCAUAAGACAACCCAUUCAUUCCAGUAUUAGUGUGAUAAACUGGCUCUGAGUCAUUUGUAUGCACUUACAUCCUUCCUUAAAGAGACCAAUACUGUACACAGUCCUUCAGUUGUGAUCUUACCAGUGCCCUAAUACUGAUGCAUAUUCCCCACUUUUGUCUUUCAUUUCCCCUAGGAUAAACAAGAACAUUCUAUGUUCUACUUUUUUCUUGGUUUUUUUUCUUACACUCUAUGUACUAAAAGAACAUUGCUUAUUUUCUGCACCUGAUUCACCCAGAUCCAAUUGUAUCUCCGAGCUCUGCAAUGUCUCACCAUUUAAAUAAAAUAUUUCUUUUUCACUUUUCCUGCAAAUAAACCGUCAAAUUCAGGGAUUAAGAGACAUGCUUCCAGUUGCAGAUCUAUGGAAAAUGCUUAUCAGUUUUCACUGCUUCCCCAUUACUUCUCUCAAAUGGCUCUUUGUCCAUAGCCUCGCAGUUAGUUUUCAGAAGUUGCUGGGUUUUCACAUAACUUAUGUUAAAUUACCACAUAAAAUUA